AUGAGGUCCACGUACAUUGUCUCCGUAAUUCUUUGGACCGCAAGCGUAACAGCUGUUGUGUGUACGGUUGGUAUUUGCGCCGCGGAGGUAACCUUCUGGAUUGGUCAUGGUCUCGGAAUUCCCUGGGAUCGGGUCCCACUCGCUUGGUAUCGUUGGGAAGAAUUCCAAAGCUUGAUUUCCUCCAAGGCCGAAGAGGGGGCGCUCAAGGUGUGGAUGGUUAUUAUGGGACAAAUGUCCUGGACGAUCUUGUUGAGCUUGUUUCCAUUUCCUUGUCAUAAAGGAUCAUCCCGUCGCCAACAAAAAGACCGAAUUACUGCCACAACAAGCAGACACCUGCCCGGUACCACAAGUGCGCCAAGUCCUGCUAGAGGAUUUACUCAUUUACUCACCGCAAAGAAGAGCGUGGCCGCACUUUUGACUAUUUACGGCAUAUUAGUUCUCCUGCUACGACCGUCUAUUCCAUACACAAGGCUUUCGACAACACCCUUGCUUAUGGUGUCACUGGAAGUCACAAAGGGCUUUCAACAGUAUCAAGAGUUGCUCCACGUAGCAAAUAGCAAAGACGACUCAGGAGAUCAAAACAAGUGGUGGCGAGCUGAAGUUAACGCAAUGAAACAGCUUGUUCAAAGAGCCCCGUUCGAGCGUGACUAUACGGAUGAGCCGAUCAACGUUGUUCUGGUAUUUUUGGAAUCUGUUCGAGCAGAUAUGAUGCCGUUUGAUGGCUCUACACCAUGGGCGAGGCGAUUUGUGCCCAAUAUCACCAUCCAUGACAAGAUAACACCAUUUUACGAUCAAUGGGUCAGAGACUCCAAUUCAACACUUUACGUUCCUCAUAUGAAAUCGGCUUCUGGUUUGACACACAAAAGCCUUGCAAGUACGCUUUGCUCAUUGCAUGCCUUGCCUUUCCACGGCACCGUUGAGCAUGCACAAAAUCUUUAUCAUCCCUGUCUUCCGCAGAUACUUGACCGAUUAGGGUAUGAGAGUCAGUUUUUCAAAUCCUUGACCGAAACCUUUGACCACCAAAACCACCUUAUGCGAAACAUUGGAUACCCCAGAAUGUAUGGGCGAGAGAGCUAUGAUCGUGCGAACCAUCCAACCGCAGCAUUCCAACAAAACCACACGGCCAAUUAUUUUGGUUAUGAAGACAUUGUGUUGCUGGAUCCUGUCACAGAAUGGGUGGAUAGCCAGACCAAACCCUUUUUCCUUUCGUAUCUGAGCGGUAUCACACAUGAUCCGUAUGCCAUUCCACCUUCUGGAGGGGGUUGGAAACCACAAUCGUUCAGUUUGGAUGAGAAAGUCAACGGCUUUCUGAACGAAGUGUCCUACCUUGACACGUGGCUAGAUCUGUUGGUCAAGUCGUUUGAAGAUCGCCAUUUGAUGAACUCAACUCUGUUUGUCUUUUUGGGAGACCACGGCGGUCACUUUAAGGACCGAGAUUCCCAGUUUACCACAUUCGAGCAAAAUUACGAAGAGGCUUUUGACGUCGGCGUUACGUUUCACAGUCGCAAUCCGCGUAUCCAGAAGCUACUUCAAAAAUCACAGGCAUUUGUGAGCGGCAACUGGACUUCGCUCGACAUUGCUCCGACUUUGCUAGAACUGCUCUUUGGAAGAGCAAUAAACCCAAUGCGACCAGGAUCAGAGAAAGGAUCGAUAAACAGUCCAUAUUCGAAGUACUUUGAUAGCCGCGCGAGCGCAAGCUGGGUCGACGGUCGGUCCAUGCUACGCGAAUCAGGCUCCCGACUACGCUUGAGUAUAGGUAACCCUGGAGAGAGCUUGAUGCUCCGAGAUCAAUGUUUUGUGCUGGUCUUUCCUCUAAAAGAAGAUGGCCGUGCUCACCCCGAAGUGUUCAAUAUUUGUGCGGACCCGGGUCAGAAUCAACCGUUGCAGCUUCUGCCAGUAUCGUCGUUCUCGAUCCCAAAGUCGGAACUCGAAAGAUGGGGCCGAAAAGCCAUGUCAUUCUGUCUACAAGUCAAAUCAGAUUUAGUACAUGCUCACAAAACGGGUAUGCGUUGCCAAAAGUGCGCACUCGAGGAGUUGGUGACAUUGGAGACUUUGGAGAGUUGGUCUCCCACUGUUGGGGGGGACAAACGUAUCCGACGAUAA